AUGAACCUACUGUUUGGGACUACCUACAGUAUACUACAGAAGGAGUACAUUGAUAGUAGUGUGUGUUAAAGAUAGCAGAGUUAGUAACAUACUAGAGAGUUGAGUGUAAACACAGCAACAGCCUAUUGCAGUGUCUGAGCUCAGAGCUGACUGCAUCUCAGAGAAUCUUUAAUCCUCCUACAUGCUGACAAACACACAUGCACACACACACAUACACACCACACACACUGUCUCCUGAUGGGACAGAAGACAGCACUCAGAUCGUACAUAGUGAACCUCUCUCCCUAUCUCUCCUCUCUCUCGCUCUCUCUCUCUCUCUCUCUCUCUCUGUUGUGUUGUUGGAACGGAUGUGUUGUAAGGCAUUAUCUGAGGGUGUUCAGUGGAAUAGAAUUAGCUUGUUGGUUGUGAAGAGACAGUGGUAUUAGUUCUGCUGGGUAGAUAAGCAUGGUCUGGGCUUAGGGAGACAGAGAGGGAUCUUUAGUUGAGGAGUUGAGGAGAUAGCAUCAGUUUGGGCACUCACACAGACACACACACAGUCACACAAACAAAUAUGCUGUGUCUGCGUCUGUGGAGGCAGGGGUGUGGGAGCACACACAAACCCACACUCAGUCAGAGUGUAAGGCAUGGGCGAGUGAGGAAACGUUGGAACAGAGAUCAGAUUCAGGAAGAGUUUCAGAGCAGUGGCAUCAGAAACCUGGGCUUCUAUAUCAGCCUGUCAUCUCAAAUCAAAUCAAAUGUUAUUUCUCACAUACACGUGUUUAGCAGAUGUUAUUGCGUGUGUAGCGAAAUGAUCUGAACAGACCUAUCCUAAAACAGCCACAGGCACAUACACCUACACACACACCUACACACACACACCUACACACCUACACACAUACACCUACACACACACACAUACACCAACACACACACGCGCGCAGGCACACACAGUAUUGCGCAGGGAGAAGAGUUUGCUGCAGUAGAGAGAGAUUGGGGAAAGAAGGCAAGAGAGGGGGUAGACAGAACGAGGAUGAUAGUAAAGGGAGAGCUUAAGGGGUUGAUAGAUAGAUAGAGAGAGAGAUAUAGAGAAGAGAUAGAGAGAGAUAGAUAGAUAUCUAGAGAGAGAGAGAGAUAGAUGCAUUCUCCAAACCAUCUCUUAUCCUUUUAGUCAUGGUCUGACUGGCUGUGAAGUAGACAUUACUGUCAGCUCUUGUUAACAAUACCCCAAAACUCUCCGAAAACUCUAACAUAACUCUAACAUAUUUGUUGUCAGCAUAAAACAUGGAGUUUGUCACCUGUACAGUAGAUACAUAGAGCUGCUUAGAGAUGAUUUGUUUAGCCUUAUCUCUUGCUGUUCUGAACCGCCCCCCCCCCCCCCUCCCCCCCCCUCUCUCUCUCCUCUCCUCUAGAAGGUCUGAUGUCCAGACCGUGUGCUCCUUCAUGUGUGGUCCAGUUGAACUCUCCUUGACCAUUAGAUGGACCACAAACAGACCAGCAGCUACUGCGACCGCACUUCACAACUACCUCACCUUGAUCCCUUUACCUUUGAACGCUCAACCCUGACCCAUACUCUUAACCUCUAACCCCUCACUCCAAACCCUUAACGUUACUCAUCUACGCUCCGUCUCGCUCUCCUCUCCUCAUCCUCUCCUCUCCUCUCUUCUCUUCCUCUCUCCUCUCCUCUCUCUCUCCUCUCCUCUCCUCUCCUCUCCUCUCCUCUCCUCUCCACCAUGUUAUCCCGUAUCCCUACGGUCCUCCUAGCUGUGUUGUGUCAGUGUGUGCUAGUGUCUCUGGGGGUGGACCCCCCUCACCCCCGUCGAGAGAUCCGGAUCGAGGGAGACCUGGUCCUGGGGGGGCUGUUCCCAGUCCAUGAGAAGGGGGGAGGGAUAGAGGAGUGUGGGAGGGUGAACGAGGACAGAGGGAUCCAGAGGUUGGAGGCCAUGCUGUUUGCUAUAGACAGGAUCAACUCUGAUCCUACUCUGCUGCCUGGAGUUAGUCUAGGAGUUCACAUACUGGACACUUGUUCUAGAGAUACAUACGCACUGGAACAGGUUGGUGAGCACUGUCACACUCACACAUACACACACAUAAGCACACCCACACACUUUUUAUUUCUUCCUGCUUUUUAAGCUUUCGCCGUAGAAAAAUUAUACAAUUGGCAUAAUAAGCUUGCCCUUGAAAUAAAUAUAAAAGUAAGCCUUAUUGUAGCUCAUAGAAAACACUGUCCAUAUUACAUUUACAGUCUUUCAAUAAGUGUUUAUUGAGUGUGUGUGUGUGUGUGUGUGUGGUGUGUGUGUGUGUGUGUGUGUGUGUGUGUGUGUGUGUGUAUUUCCCAGGCGCUGGAGUUUGUGCGUGCAUCUCUGACCAAGGUGGACGAUACAGAGUUUAUUUGCCCUGAUGGAUCCUACGCUCUACAGGAAGACAUUCCCCUGGCCAUUGCUGGAGUUAUAGGAGGAUCCUAUAGCAGCGUGUCUAUACAGGUAACACACAAACACACACACAAAUACAUUCACACAGCUCCAGUGGUAUGGCACUGUGACAGAGUAAGGUGAUUUGCAUAGUUUAGCAUAAAAUCUCCUCCUCUUCUACUCCUCUGUGACUGCACAAAACACUCUACUCUAUCAGACCCAAAUCCCUCAUCUCUCCAACUCGCUCUCCCUCCAACUCUGUCUCUGUUUUUCUCAGUCUCUCUUUCUUUUGUCUCUCUCUCUCUCUCUCUCUCUCUCUCUCUCUCUCUCUCUCUCUCUCUCUCUCUCUCUCUCUCUCUCUCUCUCUCUCUCUCUCUCUCUCUCUCUCUCUCUCUCUCUCUCCAUCUCUUCCUCUCCAUCUCUCUCUUUGUAUUAAAAGUAAAAGAUGUCACUCCCUCACUCCGAGGGGAGAGCCCAGUGUAUUCUGACCUCAGCCCACUCUCCUUUCUCUGAUAGGCAUUGUUAUCCCUCCAUCGCUUGUCUUUCAUCACACACAAUUACUCCUUUUUUUCUCCGGGCUGACAGUUUUUGUUGUUGUUUGGCCUGUGUGCCCUCAGGGCAGUCUGUGUGUGUGUGCAUGUGUGUGGGUGUGGGUGUGUGUGUGUGUAACAUCCUAAUCAGGAGAACGUGACCAGAAAAAGGGUAGCUUAAGGGUAGCUGGGGCGGCAGGUAGCUUAGUGGUUAAGAGCGUUGUGCCAGUAACCGAAAGGUCGCUGGUUCUAAUCCCCGAGCCGACUAGGUGAAAAAUCUGUCGAUGUGCCCUUGAGCAAGGCACUUAACCCUAAUUGCUCCUGUAAGUCGCUCUGGAUAAGAGCGUCUGCUAAAUGACCCCCCCCCCCAAAAAGGAACCUAGACCCCUUUGAUUAUGUGUGAAUUUUCACAACUGUGUGUGUGCAUCUGCAUCUGUGUAUGUCUGUUUCUCAUGUCUGUUUGCCACUCUCUCUCAGGUGGCCAACCUGCUGCGCCUCUUUCAGAUCCCUCAGAUCAGCUAUGCCUCCACCAGCGCCAAGCUCAGCGACAAGACGCGCUAUGACUACUUUGCCCGCACGGUGCCCCCUGACUUCUACCAGGCCAAGGCCAUGGCAGAGAUCCUGCGGCUGUUCAACUGGACCUACGUGUCCACGGUGGCAUCAGAGGGAGAUUACGGAGAGACAGGCAUUGAGGCUUUUGAACAGGAAGCACGUAUGAGGAACAUCUGCAUCGCUACCUCUGAAAAGGUAGGGAGAGAUAGAAGUGGAGAUAAAGUUAUCAGGAGAUAUAUAGGGAGAUUGACAGUGAAGGAGAUAGGAGCAGACCUAGGUUAGAAUAUAGAAGAGCAAGCAUAGAGAAGAUGAGGGGUUGAUCAGACAGAAACAACAGGAGAAGGAGUUGGAUUUAGGGUUAACCCUAAAGCGUGAUACUAUGUAUUUUAGCCAGCUAUUCUAUGUACAGAUGUAAGAUCUUAAUUUGAGCGAGUUCGCUACAGCAGGAAAAUAAUCCUGCAGCAACAGGAAAUGUAAAUUAUUAUGUGGAGUACAAUGAAUGGACAAUUUUGUAGGGGUUGAUACAUUUUACGUAACGGAAAAUCAAGUCAGAAAUGUCAAAGUGGAAAUUACAAACUUCAGAAGCCUUUUUAAACCCCAAAUACACUACAGGUUUAACAUUUCCUGCAGUGGAGGAUAGUUCUCCUGCAACAGGGUGAUCAAAUGAAGAUCCCACAUCUGUAGUAGACCUCUUGUGUUUACUCCCUCUGUUUCCAGUGUAAAUAACUAAAGGAUGUUCCUUCUCAUGUCCAGGUGGGCCGCUCUAACGCUAAGAAGUCCUAUGAGGCAGUGAUCAGGCAGCUCCUCCAGAAGCCCAACGCCCGCGUGGCUGUCCUCUUCCUGCGCAGCGAUGAUGCUCGGGAACUCCUCUCUGCUGCUGCACGACUCAACGCUACCUUCAUCUGGGUGGCCAGCGACGGCUGGGGGGCACAGGAGAGCAUUGUCAAGGGCAACGAGGCCACAGCCGACGGGGCCAUCACCCUGGAGCUGGCGGCCAAUCCCGUGCCGGCGUUUAAUCGCUACUUCCUGUCUCUGGAUCCAAUCAACAACCACCGCAACCCCUGGUACCGGGAAUUCUGGGAGCAGAAGUUCCAGUGCUCGCUUGGCGGAGGGGGUGGAGGAGGAGCUGGGGCAGGAGGAGUAGGGUCAGGGGGGACUGUGUCUCUCUCUCUCCCUCCCUGUGAGAAGGGUGUGUUGGUUGAUGAUAGUAACUUUGAGCCGGAGUCCAAGAUCAUGUUUGUGGUGAAUGCAGUAUAUGCCGUGGCCCACGCCCUCCAUAAGAUGCAGAGGACAUUGUGUUCCAACACCACCAAGCUCUGUGACAGCAUGAAGGCUCUGGAUGGACGUAAGCUCUACAGAGACUACCUCCUCAACAUCAGCUUCACAGGUCAGUACUGUAGACUACCUCCUCAACAUCAGCUUCACAGGUCAGUAGUGUAGACCUGGCAGAAUGGGAGAGGGGGAGAGUGAGGGAUGGAGGCAGGGGAAAAGAGAGAUGUCAAAGGGGAAUGCUCAACAUUAACUUUACUGUCGGGUCUGUUUUGAGUGGAGGGAGAGAGAUGGAAGGGGGAGGAAAGAUAGUUCAUUAUGAGAGAGAGAAGGGGAGCGAGAUAUGCAAUAAUUGCUUUGGCAAGCAUAGCAACAUGAAACGUAUAAGAACAAUUCACCUUAAUUAACAUGUACUGUAAUGCUUGCUAGUUGCCAUUGGCAUCUAUUAGCUGUAUGUAAUUGAUACAACAGCACAGAGCUGAAGUUAAUAGAGACUCCUAUAGCAGUAAUAAUGAAAUAGUGAGUGUGUUUGUGUGUGUGUGAGUGUGUGUGUGUGUGUGUGUGUUAUAGGCUUAUAUAGCAGGAGAGUCUCUGAAGACAGAAGAGAAGGAAAAGGGAAAAAUAGGAUUGGGUUGAGUGGCAGGUGGAGUACAAAGACAUAUGUAUAAAUACACUGCUGUAGGAAAGAUAGACAUACAUACAGACAGACAGACAGACAGACAGACAGACAGACAGACAGACAGACAGACAGACAGACAGACAGACAGACAGACAGACAGACAGACAGACAGACAUACAGACAGACAGACAGACAGACAGACAGACAGACAGACAGACAGACAGGAUUUGAGGUGUUCAUUCCACUUCUAACCAUGACCAAUGGGGGACAUCAAAAUACCUCAACAAACAGCACAGCCACUACAGCUUUAUAGAGAAAGGGAGAGGGAGGUUUGGGCAUAGGGAGACUGACAGGCAGACUGAAGUGGGGAGAGGUGGAGAGAAAGGUAGCAGUAGUGAAAGGGAGUGAGAUGGAGAGAUAGAGGGAGGGAGGGAGGGAGGGAGGGAGGGGGGGAGGGAGGGAUAGGAGAUAGAGGGGGAGGCAGAGAGGUAGAGCUGAGUUGCUGGUGGAGUGGAACAGUAUGCGUCAGCAGAAGAGGAUUCUCUUUGAAAUUCCACAUCUUCAUUUCUCAAGCUGCAAAUAAAAGGGCUCCGAGCACAGCUGUCUCAGGGAGAGAGGGAGAGAAAGAGGGAGAGAGAGAGGAGAGAGAGAGAGAGAGAGAGAGAGAGAGGAGAGAGAGAGAGAGAGAGGAGAGAGAGAGAGAGAGGAGAGAGAGGAGAGAGGCUGCCGCAGCCUCCAGUGAGCAGGAGAGGUGUGGAGGUGGGAAAAAUAAGUCUGAAAAUGUAGGGAGGGCUGGAGAGGAAGUGAGAGAGAUGGGGCAGUCGCUCUGAUCUGUCGCUCUGAUCUGCUAGUAUCCCCAAAGUCGAUCUCCCCUUUCCUUCCCUCUCUCACCCUACCUCCCAAUCUUUGCUCUCACCCUCCUUCCCUCCCUCCAUCCAUCCUUUCUCUAUCUCACCCUCCUUCCCUCCCUCCAUCCAUCCUUUCUCUAUCUCACCCUUCUUCCCUCAUCCAUCCCCCCCUCCACUCUUACUUCAACAGUUACAGUUAGGAAUAGAUAGACAUGUGGUACACUGGUGAUGAUCAAGAUGAGGAGGAUGAGGCAGAACAUUCUGAUGCUUCUGAUGCUUCUGAUGCUUUUGAUGAUGAUGAUGAUGAUAAUGAUGAUGACUGUGAUGAUGAUAAUUUUGUGUGCUGUAGUGUGCAUGCAUGUGAUGUGUAUCAUUUAGCGCAGUCUCAAUGUUCUUCUAGACCAGAGCCCUCUCUGUAGCUAUGCUGUUGCUAUGGUAAUUAAGCUGACACUAUGGCCAAUUGUCGAAGUAAUCCUGUAGAUGUGAGCUUCUCUCAAUGCCAACUGCUAAACACCAGUGUUGGGGUUACAAACAAUAACAAAUUACUUGACUUAUUACUCCAUGGAAAGAAUAAUUUGUUACACUACUCGUUAUAUUACUUUUUCGUUACACCCCAAAACGUUGCGUGUCCUCACUCAAUGUAAACAAUGUCAAUGUUAUGUUACGUAGGUCUAUACACCAACACAAGUAGACUAAUAAUGACAGAUUCUACCGUGGAUAAGGGCAGCAUUUCCUUUACUAUAUAUAUACCCAGCUACAAGCUUGUUCAGCUCUCCUUGGGUUACAGCCUGUCCUCCUGAACAAUUAAAAUCAAGCCUUGGUUAUUUGGAUGAGGUGGGCCUACACCUACAGUCAUCUUCAGCAGCAGUGGUCAGGUCUCGGGGGUGUUUCUCUACAAGUUUUGUAAUGGCGUGUUGCCUUUGCAGGUGGUUCAAGAGAUGAGAAGUCUUGUUUCUAGCAGUGGAGAGGUGUUUCACGCCUGGGCACAGUUGACAUUUUACAUUUAUAUUCUUGUCAUUUUGUCCUACAAAAUCAAAGUAAUGAGAGUACUUCCACACUGAAAAAGUCAAUGUUUUUAAAUAUUGCGCCAACAGAGAGGGAAUAAUAAUAACUAAAUAAGUAUAAUAAGUGUAAAAGUGUAAUAAUUUAUUUGAUCAGUAACUGUAAUAUUAUUACACAAAUUGGAACAGUAACGCAGUUAUAUUACUCAGUACUGCAAAAAGUAAUAUUAUUACACUAAAGUGUUACUUUGUAACCCCAACACUGCUAAACACACACACACACACACACACGAAUACACACUCAGAGCUUUGCACAAAGCCACAGCUUGAGAUUUUUAUUUUUUGCUGUCAUGAAAUCGCAGACACCCCCCACCCACACACUUUUCAAAGCCAUCAUUCAACUCCCACCUACCGUCCCCCGUCUGCAGUAAACAGAUCAGUCAACACACACACACACACACACACACAUGCAACCUCCUGUUCAAAUAGUUGUCAUAUUCCCUCUCCUCUGCUCUUUUAUGAGUGUGUGUGUGUGUGUGUGUGUGUGUGUGUGUGUGUGUGUGUGUGUGUGUGUGUGUGUGUGUGUGUGUGUGUGUGUGUGUGUGUGUGUGUGUGUGUGUGUGUGUGUGUGUGUGUGUGUGUGUGUGUGUGUGUGUGUGUGUGUGUGCGCGUGUGUGUGUGUGUGUAAGCAGAGCGAGGAGAGGCGUUGUGCCUUCAGGGCCGUAUUGAGCUGAGAGCUUACUGUAACGGUUACAUGCCAGAGAACAACCUUCACUUUCUUUCUCUCUCCCUCCCCCACCCCUUUUCACACUUGGAAACAGUGCUUCCCACUCAUAAACACUUCACAAGCUUCUUGCCUGGCUGCUAUCGUUCCUUUCCUCCCUUCCAUCGCUCCCUUCCAGCAGAUUAGCAUUUAUUGGGAGGACUCAUGUACUGGAGGGAGCUCUGCAGAGUGGUCACUAGCUGUCACAGCCAUAAAGUCAUUCAUCCUAACCCUAACCUUAACUUUAACCACACUGCUAACCGUAAUACCUAACCUAACCUUAAAUUAAGACCAAAAAGCUCAUUUUUGUUUUCAUGAGUUUUUACAAUAUAGCCAAUUUUGACUGCAGCUGGCACAUCUAGCAGAAAUUACUCAGGUCUGCCUCCAGGACAAGACUCAUCCCAAUAAACAUCAACCUGCUCCCUUCCAUUCAUCCCUUUUCCCUUCCUUUAGCUCAUCCUUUUAUCUCACUCUUCUCUUCUCUCUUCCCUACCUCUUCUCACUUCUCUUUCUUCUACUGCUUUUUUCUCUCUGCUGUCUCUUCUUUAUGUCUAUUAUUUGGUUCCUCCCUUCUCUUGUCAUCCCCUCCUGUCUCCUCUCUUAUCUUGUCUAUCACUCCUCUCCUCUAUCUCCUCUCUUCUCCCCUGCUAUUCCCUCUUUUGUCUCCUCUAUCACUCCUCUCCUAUCUUCUUUCCUUUCUCCAUUGUCUUCUAUCUCUUCUUUUCAGUCUGCUGUCCAGUCUGACUCUCAGUCCCUGGAGAGAAAGAACACAGAGAGAAUAGAUAUAGCCCAUUUUGAUGUUUCUUGUGUGUGUCUCUCUGGGACACACGUAAGAGGUCAUCACUCCAAACACGCCUGCUUGGACUGAACAUUCCCCACGCCUAACAUACAUCAGACACACACACACACGCACACACACUCCUUGCCUAAUGCACAUUACACACAUACCCUUAUAUUGCAGCCCUAAAGAUGUUAGGGAGGGUGGAGAGAAAGAUGAUGGAACAGUGGGAGGAAGAGAAAUAGAGAGAAUGAGGGAGAAGGAUGAAGAUAAAGCCUUUGGAAUCUCCAAAUAUUUUACUCACCACUGCAUCUACUGUAAGGAGAGGAGAGCAUAACAGAAGAGAGCACAGGAGAGGAGAGGAGAGGAGAGGAGAGGAGAGGAGAGGAGAGGAGAGGAGAGGAGAGGAGAGGAGAGGAGAGGAGAGGAGAGGAGAGGAGAGGAGAGGAGGCAGGAGAGGAGAGGAGAGCACAGGAGAGCACAGGAGAGGAGUGCAGAGAAGACGAGAGCAGAGGAGAGGAGAGUAGAGGAGAGGAGAGGAGAGGAGAGCAGAGCAGAGGAGAGCAGAGGAGAUGA